CCGCGGCAGUGGCUGCCGAGAAGAAGCUGCGUCUGGGUGAAACCCACCCUGCGUCUCCAGCGCCGCAGCCCAACCCAGCUGGCGGAGCCUCGCCGCAGCGCCUGUCUUCCCCGACUAGUUCCACCAGCAGAGCAGGUCGUCUGAGCAGUGGCAAGCCCCACCCACAGGGAUCUCAGAGAUCGCCCUUUGGAAUGACAAAGAAGCGUGGCCUAGAACUGUUCUGCUUAAUUGUCCCUCAUGCUAAAUAGGCGGAUCUCCAGGCGUCGCCAAGGAGGGGGCUGCUAAGGGGAUGAGCUGAAAAGCGGGGAGGGGAGAGACCAGCCACUGCCCAAGUGCUGUGACCCAAGGGCCACCGGGGACCCUCCCCCAGCCCUGGGGCGACCCCGCCCCUGGGUGUGCGGGGUCUCCAGCCCUCUCCACCACACCUCCGCCCCGCCUGGCGCACUGCCUGGUUUGCCUAAUUCCCCGGACCAGACCGAGAGGCCGCUUCGCUGAGGACACGCCGCCGGCUCCAGCCCUUUAGUCCGGGCGGCUCCCGACCCACCCGCUGCCCGUGCGGCUCUUGCGGGCCCUGCCGGAGGCCGCCAGCUGGGCAGGUGCAGCCGGGAGCAGCGCGCGCUCGGAUCCGGAUGCGGAUCCCGAUCCGGAGAGGGCUGAACCUUCAGCUUGCUGCCCUUUCCUGUAAGCAACAAUCUGGCAGUUCUGUCAGGAAGAGUUUAAGUUGGAAGAUAACAUGCGAUGGCUGCCAUUCUGGGCCAUGCUCCUUCACAGCUGCGUCCCCAGAGCAAGAUGCUGCGCACACUGAAAGGGUGUCCUGCAAAGGAAGCAAUAUGAGCGAAGAAUAGAGGAGACUACAGGAAAACGUCAUGUUUCUGGAGCGCCGAGCUCUGUACACAAAAAGUGUGGACCAGAUUGCGAGGUGGAGCCUAGGGACCAGAAGGUCUUCCAACACAGACACAGCAGAUGAAAGCACAGUGAUGGGACAUGUGGUCAAAGGGGAAAAGCAGUAGUCAGUAGAAGUGCUGGAGGAGACCGUGGAGAGCAUAUGACCCAUGAGCUGGACUCUGGCCACUGGAGGCCCCUAACCAUCCUUGGAAUGUGUGUUCUGCUUGCCUUCCUCAUGCCAGAAGCUGCCCAAGGACAGAACUGUGAGACAGUCCUGUGGUGCUGAGACCACCUGGACAGUGUACAUAACAGAGCCCAGUUCAGUCCUCUGUAUAAACUUUAGGAUCCUGGCAGGCGGUGUGUGGAGGUCUGUUAUCGUGCAGUCACCCAAGACAAGCCUGGAACGCUAAUCUGCGUGAGAGCUCCACCCUAAUGACCUAAGCAGCUUCCAAAGGCCCCACUUCCUGACAUCGUUACAUCAGAAUUUCAACAUAUAAAUUUGGGAAGCACUGUUUCUAUCACCUUCCAAAAGAGAAAUGGGUGGAAUCCAUUGAAGUUCUUAAGUUUUCAGAACUCUAAGAGCCAGGCUGCCAUGCUUGCUUGUAAAUAGGAGCUGAUGUAGAGCUGUGGAACCAGAAUAGCAUCUGUAGCAGCUGAAGUCAUUCUAGACUCUGGCCCAGUGUCCCUGCAGCAAUUUGAUAUGGAGAUGGCAGCCAGGGUGCUGUGGGGCAGCCUUGGCCUGCUCCGCCUGGCGUGGUGUCUCCUUCCACAGACAGGCUACGUGCACCCAGAUGAGUUCUUCCAGUCUCCCGAGGUCAUAGCAGGGGAUGUCUUGGGCGUCGAGGCCGCCCGGCCCUGGGAGUUUCACCCCAGCAGCCCCUGCCGCACGGCGGUCUUCCCACUGCUGACCUCUGGCUCUGCCUUCUGGCUCCUCAGGCUCUGGGAAGAGUGGGGGCCAUGGCCAGGCGUGGUGAGUGGCUACAUGCUGCUGGUGGCGCCCCGACUCCUCCUCACUGCCCUCUCCUUUGCCCUGGACCUGGCCGUGUACCACCUGGCUCCAGGCUGGGGGGCGGAGCGCUGGAACGCCCUGCUCCUGCUGUCGGGGUCCUAUGUCACCCUGGUCUUCUACACAAGGACCUUCUCCAAUGCCAUCGAGGGACUGCUCUUCGCCUGGCUGCUGGUACUGGUGUCCCCCAGGGUGUCCGGGAGCCGCACACCUAGGAAGCCUGCUCCAGGCCCACGGUGGCAUGGCUGGCUUCUUGGGGGCCUCGUGGUGGCUGGCUUCUUCAACCGGCCCACCUUUCUGGCCUUUGCUCUGGUCCCCCUUUUCCUCUGGGGCACUUGCAGAGCCACAGAUUUCAGCUUCAAGUCACUGACCCAGCAAGCCCUGGCGCUGCUCCCGGGGGCAAGCCUCACUGCAGUGGUAUUUGUGGCUGUGGACAGCUGGUACUUCUCCGGUCCAUCUAGACCCAGUACCCUUGUCCUUACGCCUGCCAACUUCUUGCGCUACAACCUGGAUCCAGUGAACCUGGCAAGGCACGGCACCCAUGCGAGGCUCACUCACCUGGCUGUCAAUGGCUUCCUGCUCUUUGGGGCGCUGCACGCCCAUAGCCUGCAGGCCGCGUGGCAGCAGCUGUGGGCUGGCUUGCAGGCCUUUGCCCAGAUGGGCUUCCCAAGGACACUGGAAGCCUGGAGCCCACGGCCCAGCCCCAGGUCUCUCCUCCUGCUCUUCUACUUUGUGCCCCUCGCCCUGCUGUCUGCCUUUAGCCACCAGGAGGCUCGGUUCCUGAUCCCCCUCCUGGUGCCCCUUGUCCUGCUCUGUAGUCUGCAGACCCAGCCGGCCCCCUGCAGGGGCACUCUGGCCCUCUUCAACAUCCUGGGUGCCCUCUUCUUCGGCUGUCUGCACCAGGGGGGCCUUGUGCCUGGCCUGGGGCACCUGGAGCGGGUGGUUCAUGCCCCUGAGGCCCUGCGUGUACCCACCCACUUCACACUCGUCUUCACCCACACCUACAUGCCCCCCCGGCACCUCCUGCACCUCCCAGGCUUGGGCUUGCCAGUGGACGUGGUGGACAUGGGCGGGGCUGAGGACCGGGUCCUGUGCCAAGCCCUGAACAACUUUACCAGACACCCAGCCUGCCAAGCGGCCGGGGGGCCAUGGCUCUGCCGCCUGUUUGUGGUGACCCCUGGCACCACCAGGCUGGCCGUGAGGAAGUGCCGCUUCCCACUCAGGAGUGAGACGCUCAUCUUUCCCCACCUGACCCUGGAGGACCCGCCAGCCCUGUCCUCCCUGCUGAGCAAGGCUUGGAGGGACCAUCUCAGCCUUCAUAUCCUAGAGCUGGGGGAGAAGCCUGACAAUAUGACACAGAAGCCACUGCCCAAGACUCAGCCCUAAGUGAGGGCCCCUUUCCACCUCUAAGUGUUGGCUAGACUGGGAGAGCCUGAUUCUCUUCCUUUCCUUUCCCUUCCAGAAUCCCCACCACUGCCUCUCCUGUGCAGUUCCACCUCCUGGGUAAACUGACAUUCACUUCCCCUCAAAAACCAAAGAUCUGAUCAGUCAUGGUCCUGACGCCAAGGUCCCCAAAGAACCUAAUGUAAUCAGUGACGCCAAAUGUCUAUUCCUGCCCUAUUCCUUCCAGUCACUGUGAUGUUUUAAACAAAUAAAUCGCACCUGAUUGUGAAAGGAGACAGCAAUCUCCUAAUGACAUUCCUGAAUGACUUCCCCUAAAGUUUCCAGGAUGCCUUACCUCUUGCUGUCAUGACAACCCUUUGGCCUCCUAGAUACCUGGAAGGAGGCAGUGUAGUGAUAUUCAAAAGAAGGUAGCUCAGAUUCAGGAGGCCUAGUUCGAGUCCCUGGUCUUCUCCACGAUGGCUACAUGCUCUAAGAAAGCCCCUUCCCCUCACCCAGCCUGUUUUCCAGCCUGCACGAUGGUCUCUGAGGUGUCUGCCAGCUAACACUGUGUUGUUCCUGGGUCUACAGUACAAGUUCCUUCCCAAAGCUCUGUAAGCAUAGAAGUGGGUAUGGUGUAUUUAAAGGCACUUUGGCAUCUGUCUCAAUGCUUGGUUAUUACC